AUGGAACACCCUCCUUCUUCUUCUCCUUGUUCAUGUCUGCCCAAACCCAGUGACCUCUCCGACAACCAAGUGAGGUUUCUGAACGAGAAGUUCCAAACCCACCAAGAUCUUGUCCACAAAGCUCCUCCUCUUCACACCUCAGUCCGCACCCACUCCUCUCUUUUGGAUUCUCAUCUUCAACACCUCAAAUCCACUCUCUCCCAUCUCACUGUUUCAUGGAUUCGUCGCUCUUUUUCUGCCAAAACCAAUCUUCACAAUCUCGAUAUCAGUCUACAGAAUCUCAGCCUCGUCACCUCCCAAGGUGGGAGUGGUUGGAAAAAGUUGCAGAAGGUUUUGGGGACUGAACUGCCUCAGCUUGCAAAGGAAGUAAAGGGAAUAGAGAACAUUCGCAGUUAUCUUGAGACUACUCUACAGUUAGAAGCUCUGGUUGGAGAUCUAGAAGAUGCAGUUUUCUGUUUUGUGAAUAGCCAUAGUGGAAAAAUGUUCUCUGCAAUGCUAUCAAAUUCAUCUAACUAUGAAACAAAGCAGGAAAAGUUGCUUCAAGCCAUAAAAGCUUUGAAUGAUUUGGAAGUGUUGGUUGGCCUAGUAAAACUCCGACCGCAGUGGCAUCAUCUUCUGAAAUCUGUUGAUGCUAGGGUGGACAAAACUUUGGCUAUUCUUCGUCCACAAGUCAUUGCAGAUCACCGAGCACUUCUCGCUUCUGUUGGAUGGCCACCAAAACUUUCAGCAUUAAAAAUAGAAAGUGAGCUCUCAGGCCUUCCGAACCCAUUAGUCUUAAUGCAAGGAGAAAAAAGGAAGAGUUAUUCAGAUAGCUUUUUAGCUCUUUGUGCUUUACAGCAUAUACAAACAAGGAGGGAAAAUCGACAACUCAACCUCUCAGGACAAAAGGAGUGCAUAAUACAGCUUUGGGCCAUUGAUGAAAUGGUGUCUCCUAUUGCAUCACGCAUGGAAUACCAUUUCUCAAAGUGGGUUGAUCAACCUGAGUUCAUAUUUGAGCUUGCCUACAAAAUCACCAGAGAUUUUAUUGUAGGUGUGGAUGAUGUCUUGCAGCCUCUAAUUGAUAGAGCAAGAUUGGUAAGCUACAGUGCGAAAGAGGCUUGGGUUUCUUCCAUGGUACAAUUGCUUUCUGAAUUUUUGUCAAAAAGAAUAUUCUCUUCUCUUGCCAAAAGAUACAAGGAGAAACAGAUGAAAUCUGAAGUUAUACUGUCAUGGCUUCAUCUCAUUGACCUUAUUGUUUUAUUCGAUAAACGGAUUCAGUCACUUUUAAGUUCUGAAACCAGUCUGUUUUCAACAGAUUUAGACAGGGUGGAGAGUCUCUCUGGCAACACUUCAGUUUUGAUGAUAUUUGGUAAUAGACCAGAUUGGCUCAAGAUUUGGGCAAAGAUAGAGCUCAAGAAUGCUUGCAAUAAGCUCAAAACAGAUUUGAAAGAUGAAAGAGCUUGGACUGUAGAUGGCAAAGAGGGAGCUGAGUUGCCCUUUGAUACACAACAUUUUCUUAUUUCUACUAGAGAAGACCAUAAAGCCCCGCUAAUUGCAGAGUCUGCCCUUAGAAUCACAUGGGAGAUGGUUGAAAGAUGCCAGACUAUGCCUGUCAUUUUACCACGUUUACAGUUCAUUAGAUUAACUGCUGUCAGAUUCCUGUGGUACUUUUUUAAAGUAUUGCUUGUACAAUGCAAGAGAACUGAAAUUACUCCUGACAAUCCUGAUGAUGAGGCCUUAGUUAGAGUAUGUGGAUCAAUUAAUGCUGCCAAAUACAUAGAAUUGAGGCUUCGACAGUGGAGUGAUGAUGUAAACUUUUUGGAGAUGAAACUUGCUGAAAAUGAACCUAGCAUCCGGAGAAAAGAUAAGAAGACUGAUAUUAAUUUUUUUGGGGAAGAAAUACAAAGCUUGUCUGAGCUCGCCACUAACUGGUUGAUGGAGAUCAUUUCUGUUCUUCUUCAUCAGUUUGAAAUUCUUUCAUGGGAAUAUGUGCAGAAGAUGAAACACUAUGAUCAACAGCCAGAAGACUUGGCUCCUGUGGAAGCAUCAGGAGCUAUGGAUUUAACUAUAUCUGUGGAUUUUGUUGAACCACUUGAUGCUUUGAGAUGUCAUCUUAUUCUUUUGAGAAUGACUCUCAAUGCCACUGAUUUCUUAGAUCUGUGGAGAAGUCUAGCUGAGGGGCUUGACCAUUUCAUAUCUCGCAGUAAUAUCACUUGUGGCAUUCAUUUUUUUGAUAGAGGGAUCAAUCAGUUUGAAACAGAUAUGCAAGCUUUGUUCUCAAUAUUUCAGCCGUUCUGUGUUCGGCCUGAAGCAUUUUUCCCUUCUACUAUAGAGAUUAUGAAGGUGUUGAAAAUGAAGAAAAGAAAAAGGUGA